AUGCAGCCCUUUCCUUCUAUUGAUAACUGGGUAGUGAUUGCCAUCAACAUUGAUGAAGAGGAGGAAGUAGAUGAUUCAGUUGUUGUUGUGGAGGAAGAGGAGGAGGGGGAAGAAGAUGACGAUGAUGAAGAGGAGGAAGGUGGUGCUGAAGGUGGAGGUGAUGGAGAUGAUGAUGAAGGACAUGGACCAGGUUAUGGGGAAGGAGAAGAGGAGGAAGAAGAAGAAGAUCAGACUUGAGUCAUGAAUGUACUUGAGAACCAUUUGUUCUCUUCCAGGAGGAAGUUCAAGGUCUUUUUUUGCCUGUGAGAAGUGAAUAUGGAAGUGCAAGAGUGACUGUUAGUGAGUAAGGGCAAAUUGUCUGAUUCCGUCUUUUUUGUUUGUUUAUUUUCCAUGCAUUGGGAUCCAAGUGCUUUCCUGACUUCUCACUGGAAUAAAAGACGUGCGGCUGUA